CCGCUCUAUGCCUGAGCGCGCAGCCGGCUGGGGUCGAGGAGGGCUGACGUUGGACAACAAAGAUGGCGGCGGCGGCGGCGGCGGCGGCGGCCGGCAGCAACUACUGGGAGGACCUAAGGAAGCAGGCCCGGCAGCUCGAAAACGAACUGGACCUCAAGCUGGUCUCCUUCAGCAAGUUGUGCACCAGCUACAGCCACGGUGGCACUCGAGAUGGAAGGCGCGACAGGUAUAGCUCGGACACAACCCCUCUCCUGAAUGGAUCGAGCCAAGACCGAAUGUUUGAAGCAAUGGCUGUGGAAAUUGAGCAGCUCUUGGGGAAGCUCACCGGGGUCAAUGACAAAAUGGCUGAGUACACCAGCAGCGCCGGCGUCCCCUCCCUCAACGCGGCUCUGAUGCACACCUUGCAGCGGCACCGAGACAUCUUGCAGGAUUACACGCAUGAAUUCCACAAAACCAAAACCAACUUUGUGGCAGUUCGGGAAAGAGAGAAUCUCAUGGGAUCGGUCCGAAAAGAUAUUGAGUCGUACAAAAGCGGGUGCGGCGUCAACAACAGACGAACGGAGCUGUUCUUGAAGGAGAACGAGCAUCUCCGAAGCUCCGACCGGCUGAUAGAAGAGACGAUAAGCAUUGCCAUGGCCACGAAAGAAAAUAUGACUUCCCAGCGAGGGGUGAUGAAAUCCAUACAGAGUAAGAUGAACACCCUGGCCAACCGUUUUCCAGCCGUGAACAGCCUGAUCCAGAGGAUCAACCUGCGCAAGCGGCGGGACACGCUCAUCCUGGGGGGCGUCAUCAGCAUCUGCACGAUCCUCCUGCUGCUCUAUGCUUUCCAUUGACGGAGGACGCUGCCUACAGGGACUUCUGGGACCAUGUUCCACCGCCUGGGAAGGGGCAGGCAGACUGCCGCGGGACCCUCCAUCUGGGCACGCGGAGGCCAAGGUUCCCCGGGCAGGUGGGCUCCCCUCUUCCUCCCUCCAAGGCUGGCCACGAGAUCCAAAGGGGCCGCCCUUUCUGCUCCCCAUCCAGUUCUCCCACUUUGGAGGCACAGUCCCUCCCACCCCGUGAACGUGUCCUGCCCCUUUUGUACCAUUUUUCUCCCGGCCGAAGGUGAGCCAGCUCCAAAACGUGUUCCCGUCCGGCCAUGACUUUUAUCUUCCCAAGGAGAACGUUGAUGCCUUUGUUCACACCCUCUCAGAUGCUAAGCACCCUCUCAGAUGCUUAGAUCCAAGGCAGCUUAGCCAAGACUUUGCUACUUAAACUUCGGCCGGGCCCAGUCGGAGAUCCGAAAACGAUGGAGAGGCAUUCUUGCCUGAUUUAAGGAAGAAGAUCCUCAAGGGUUGGGUUGGUGAGAACCCAACCCCCUUGUGGAGAAGAAGAAGAAGAAGAAGACCGGGCCUUCUCAUCUCCUUCCCACAGCACUGAGAAUGACCAAGACGUACCAGCUCAGCAGAUGCUGGGCAAGUGUGUGGACAGGGACUGAGGUCUAACCUCUUGUUGGGGAGGACAUUUGUCAGCCAGGCACUCCACGUGGACUUUUUGACCAACAGGAAGCCCAGUCAACAUUGCACGGGUCCCUCUUGAAAGCAAGGGAGCGUGUUCCUCAUCUUGAUCGACCACCAAAGGGCGAUGGCGGGUGUGGGGAGCACAGGAGCAUCUCUGGCAUACAUAUCUGUUAACCAUUUUAUCAGAUGUAUUCUUGGUCAAAAGCGUUUUCCACAAAACACCGGCCUGUCCUCAGCUUCUGUUUGUCCAACUUUGGUUUGGUUCCCGUCCUAACAAAGACACUGGACGUCCCCUGCCCACCCCCGCUUUGAAACAAAAAAUAAAAUCUAAAAAAGAUGUCUAUUGCAUAAUUCUGUUGGAUCUUCUGAUUCAGAAACAGAGAUUUUGUCUUUUUAUAUGCAACCCAAGCUAACCCAAACGUCACCUCUUCCUCCAUGGUGGUAUGCAGACUGCAACUUCCAUUUGUCACUCAGCCGGUGAGGAUCAUGGGAUUUGAAGUCCAAUGUAUUUAGAGGACUCAAGGGUGAGAAGAGAUGAUCUGGAGCGCUUUGGCUGCCAGGAAUCCUGGUCCUCACCUCCAUUCAUACACUGUGAAAUUAAACAUUAACACACAAUGGUUUUGUUCCAAUGAGUUCCAGAGACGGCCACUAUGCCAUGAGGGUCUGUGGCAUCAAGUUCCUAAAUUGAUGAACUAUUUUUUCUCUUUUGAGUUUGGAAGACUGUUUAAUCCUGUUAGUGCUAUGAAUAAAAGAAAAUGACAGGUAGUUUUCGGCUGUAAGAGAUUGCUUGAUGUUAGAGAAGGCUCCUGUUUCAAAUAAGCUGUUUAUUGGCCCUUUCAGAAUAGCAAAAACGGGGGAAAAGAUGAAGAUGAAUUCAUUAUCGGAGCUCUGCAUUAAGGAACUGCUGCUGGAGUUUUAUUUUUUCUUUCCACCUCGGAUGGUUCGACUCUGCUGAGAUAGGAAAGAUUUGGUUGCAUUAUCUAGCUAACAAAAAUGAAAAGAUUAAGCACUAUCUCCGAAUAAAACGUAUUUGUUUAA